AUUUUCUAAUAAAAAUGAAAAAAUAAAUAUAUAUUUUUAUCUUAAAAAAAAAAAAAGAAACAAAGGCUUUGAGUUUUGAAUCAUCACAAGCUUCACAAAUCACAACCAGCUUUCGCCCAAAUGAAUGAGUUAUUCUCUCUGCUCUGUCAGCCGCCUCCGAUCGCUUCGUCUCUCACCUCCUAAAUCCCAAAGCAACAGCACACUGUAUCUUCUUCUUCCCCUCCGAUCCAUCUCUUCCAUUCCAAAACCUAACCCUAGCUCACAACAGCUUCUUCUACUCCUCUCCCGUCGCAUUUCCAGCUCAAAUCACCUCCGCCAACUCCUCUGCCGCGUCACCGCUUCCGGUCUCCACUUCGAGAACCCCCACCUCCAUCUCCUGAACUCCAUCCUCCACUCUCUCUCCGGCGGCCCCACUCCCUCUCUCGCCCUCACUUUCUUCGAACUCAUCCACUCUCAAGGUCUCGCCCUCGAUGGCUACACCUUCACCUCUGCUCUCAAGGCUGCCUCUCGCUUAUCAAAGCCCAACACAGGGGCUGAGCUGCAUUCCCUUCUCAUUAAACUAGGCCUAGAAUCAGAUACCUUCGUGCUAAACUCUCUUAUCCACAUGUACUCCGCCAGCGGCUUGGUCGGCAUGGCAAGGGAGGUCUUUGAUCUUGCCCCAGACUCCUCCCGCGAUGUAGUUUCGUGGAAUAGUAUGGUAUCUGGUUUCUCUCAUAACCAUCUCUAUGAAGAAUCCUUAAUCGUUUUUAGGCAGAUGGUAGAGCAUUCCAGAGCUAUGGAUGCAAAUAGCCUGGUUGGCGCACUAACAGCUUGCGCAAAAAUAGGAUCUUUAAAUCUUGGGAGGAUGAUUCAUUCAUUAGUUGUAACCAGAGGUCUUGAUAUGGAUUGCUACCUGUGUUCAUCUCUGAUAAGCAUGUAUUCAAAAUGUGGAGAUUUGAAUCAAGCACACAAGUUGUUCGAUGCGAUGCCUGAAAAGAAUACCAUUUGUUGGACUGCAAUGAUUUCGAGUUAUGCACAAUCAAACCUGUUUGUGAAAUCAAUUAUGCUGUUUAGGAAGAUGCAAGCUGCGAAAUUGAAACCCGAUGAAAAUACAAUUUCAUCUGUUCUAUCCUCAUGUGCACAGUUGGGUGCAUUGGACCAAGGAAGGUACAUCCAUGCUUAUUGUGAUAUUAUUGGCAUAAAAUUGGGCCUAUCUGCAAAGAAUGCAUUGAUUGAUAUGUAUGCAAAGUGUGGUGAAAUUGAUAGAGCUUUUUGCAUAUUUCAUGAGUUAGAAAAACCAGAUGUGUUCUCUUGGACUACAAUCAUAUCAGGCCUUGCCAUGAAUGGAAAUUCAUUUGAGGCAUUGAAACUCUUUUCACAGAUGGAAGCAUCAAGUCUAGUUCUUCCAAAUGAGGUUACUUUCCUUGGUGUGUUAUCUGCUUGUAGUCAUGGCGGAUUGAUUGAAGCAGGAUACUAUUACUUCGAUCGAAUGAGGACAGUUUACAAGCUUUUGCCUAGACUAGAGCACUAUGGUUGUAUGGUUGAUCUCUUGGGUCGUGCAAAGCUGUUGUUAGAAGCAGAAAAGUUUGUUAAAGAUAUGCCCAUCAAACCUGAUGUGGUCAUUUGGAGAUCAUUGCUUUUUGCGAGCAGGAUUAAUGAAGAUGUUAGAAUGGCAGAGCUUGCAGCUCAAAGAAUCAUGGAGUUGGAGCCAGAAAUGUGUGGAGGUCCUGUUAUGCUUUCUAAUGUUUAUGCCAUGGCAUCUAGAUGGACAGACGUGAGCAGGACUAGGAGAUAUAUGUAUUCUCAGAGCAUUCAGAAGCAACCUGGAUUGUCUUUCAUUGAGUUAAAUGGAGUUAUCCAUGAGUUCUUAUCUUCAGGUAUGUCACAUCCUCAAAAUGAAGUUAAUUAUAUAUAAUGUUCUUUGUGGCAUUAGCAAACAUUCUACAAAUAAUUUAGUUUGACGAAACAUUUGAAAUGAAAAUGAAGAUGAUUAUUUAUUCUUUAA